GGUCACGUGACUCGCUUGGGUCUUAUUAGCCGCUGCUCGUUGGCACUUGGGUUAGUGUCUGAGCGUGAGCUGCUAGGAUGUUGUUCUUUGCUUCUCUUGUGUUCACCUUCCUGGCGUGUGUUACAUCCGUCUAUGGAUCUUGGUGGGAAAUGGCGAGAGAUGUGGCGGAUAGAGACAUGGACAGGUUGCACUGCGAUCGACUCGAGUACGACUAUGGCCUGACGAAGGAGCAAGUCGACAUGUGCAAAUCGUUUCGGUAUUAUCCCCUCAUGUCCGACGUGUUUUUCGCCGCCGAGAUGGCGCUAAAACAGUGCAAACGACAGUUCAAGCACAACAAGUGGAACUGUUGGACGGCAUCGACGGGGCCUUUGUUCGGCGGCGCGUUGAAAAACGGUACCACCAGAGAGGCCGCGUUUGUUCAAGCCUUGUUUACUGCCGUUCUCAGUGCUAAAGUGACUAAAAAAUGCAGUAAUCCUCGCUUCCACGAGCCAUUGACAUGCGGUUGCGAUCGAUCCAAUGCGUUCAGAUCAUACGUCUCGUCUGGAAAGAACCCACGCUGGGACUUCGACUUCGUCUGGGACGAUUGCAGCGACAACAUUAAGUUUGGAAACGAGUUUGCGUCGGAGUUUCUAAGACAGCCGAACAAGGGACAGUUGGCCAGAGAGCUGAUGAACAAGCAUAAUGAGCAAGCAGGGCUAGAGGUGAUUUCGAGUGCUGCCAAUCUCAGUUGCUUUUGUCACGGUUUCUCUGGCUCUUGUGCAUUGCGCACAUGCUGGCUGGAAGCACCCUCAAUGAACCGAAUCGGUAGUGAACUGAAGAAGGCGUACAACAAGGCUGUUAAAGUGAAGAGGGUUGUGACCGAUGACGGAAAGAAGAAACUGGUCAAUAAACUAGAUUUUCAGCCACUCAACACCCCUGAAUUGGCCUACUUAUCUAAUUCUCAGGAUUUUUGCACUGCAGACAAGAUGACACUCCAACCAGGCACUAUAGGUCGAGAAUGCAAUGUCAGUAUUUCGAGUGGAGAAGGCUCUUGUUCGUAUCUCUGUUGUGGACGGGGACAUACCAUGACACUUAUCCUCGAUGAUCGAGAAUGCUGUCGAUUCCACUGGUGUUGUGAAGUCAGGUGCACGACGUGCAGACGGCAGAGAGAGGCUGCAAUUUGUGACUGACUCAAUCGAUAUCUACUGAGUUGCAGAGAACUGAGAGACAGAGAGAGAGUUCAUAUAGCCGAGAGAGUUAGCUAGACAGAAGAUGCUAUAUAGAAAUUUAUAUCGACUUUUCUGCAAGUUGUAGCUACAGAUUAGAGUUAGUACAGUAGUUCGUUUUUUAUUCGAUUUGUGACUGGAUAGGUUUCGGUGUUAAGAGAAGCUGUAAGUAAGCAAGUGUGAAAGUCACAGCAAAUACAAGAAAGACUAAAAAU